CAUCUCAAAUGCUCGGCUCCAUUUAGAGUGGCGCGCUCUUUCGAAGCGCAGAACCGAACGAUGUGCGGUGAAGCUCAAAACCCUAAAAAAUGGCGCUUCACGUGGGAAGCCCAAUCCCACCAUCCAACCCUCAAACUCUUCCUCUUCAACCCCUCCGCGCGCCCGGUCGAUCGAUGCGGCAGCCUGAGAGUCCAGUCCAAUCCCGCUCGAUCCACCAUUGACGUAAGCUUCACGGUUGAUUCUGAACAUGAUGUCUCGCUUUUGGUUCCAAUCCCCAGAGUCCUCAUCGACUGCGACUCGCCGGUGAGCUUCAGAACGCUGGAUGAUCACAUCGAGGUGAAGCUCGCGCUUCUGCUCCCCGUCGAUCACCCUGUGAUGUCUAAUCUCCAGUCCAUGCUGAGUUUGUCCGAGGAUGGAGGAGAGGCAUUGUUGCCAGAUGCUCCGAAGCGGCUUUCGACUGAAUCUGAUUUGGAGAAAUUGUCCUCUAAGGGAAGUGUCGAUUUUUACUGCAGAAGUUGCUCGGCUAAGCUGACUAGGAGUCCCAUCAGCUGCUUUCUUGACUCACCAUCAAUCAAUUGGCAAGAGGUAGCUGACAACUGGUUUGGAGCUUGCUGUUGCUCAUUUGGAGGUAUAAGCGAGAAACUAGUGACUAGGUAUGCAAGGUCUUAUGCACCUUCAAAAGGGAGAUGCUUGUUGACAUCUAGAGCAGUCAUUAUUUGCAAAGAUGAUCUUUUAAAUUGUGAAUUUCCAGAAGAUGAAAGAAGCCAAAGUUGUGAAUACCAACCCCUUUUGGCUGAUGAAGAUGACAAUCAGAGUAAAGUUCUGAUGCAUUCAGGAAGUAAUCAUGCCACUGGGCCAACACAUGUUUAUGAAGGAAAACUGAAGUCUAUGCAUCUUAACGAUGAGAAUCUCCCUUGUGAAGCUAUUGGUGCUGAUAGUGAUAUAUCUAUUUCAUAUUGUGAAUCACCAGUGUUGGACUCCACAAGAAAUGAGACAUUAGAUACUGGAUGUUGUCUUCACAGAAGUCAUUCAUUAAGCUAUGAGCAUGAAGGCUCUAUGAGGGAUACGUCAAAAGAUAUGUGUAGACACUUCAAUCCCCCAGAUGAAUUCGAACUGCCCCCAAGCCAGAGAUAUUUUCUGAAUGGCUUUCUUGGAGAUGUUUUCAUGGCCAAAUCUCACAAUAUCUCAACAGCUAUUGAGUGGGUUGAAUUUUCAUGUCCCCGGUGUUCAACGCUUCUUGGAGCCUAUCCUUGUGCCGACAGCUGUGCCCCUCUUGACAAUGGAGUGAGGUUCUAUAAAUGUUGUGUAUCCACAGGUUUGCCAUUGGAGGGAUCAGAUGACUUGUUCAAGGAAUAUACCUUGGAGAGAAUGUUCAGCAAUCAGAUUCUGGAAAAUGCAAAGGAUGACCUAUCCUUUCGUACAGUAGUUCGAGAUAUGAAGACUAAAUCUCCUCUACUUCAAAUAGUUCUUUUAAAUCCAAAUUGUUGGUUUUCUACUGGUUACUGCUUUGCUAUGGACAAUCCUCCAGAGUCAGCCACGAAACUAAAUCUUCACCCUGUGAUUAAGGUGCUUUUUAAUGACUGCAGGGACAACACGUUGUUUAGCUCAAAGACGAACGAAGAAUGGGGUACAACGCAUUCAGCUGAUGAAGUGUUCAUGCUGAUGCAUCAAAUGGAAGUAUUGAUUGCAAAUCUUGCUUCAGCCAAAGACGUAUUUCCACCUUCAAUGGUGUCUUUUCAGGGGUUAACUUUGUCACUUAUUCAGAGGUGACGUGACUAUGCUAAGCCUUUCAUCUUCCAGGGGAUCUAUUUAGGUGGAUGAAAUCAACUGGAGAAUUAUUGAUACUGGUGGAACAGACGAGACUGCAUUUUCUCAAUCUUAAAUCCGUUUCAUUUGCAGUCGGAAGGAGCCUUCAGAUUGCCUUCUAGGAUGAUGCUUCUUCCUUUGCAAAAGCACUUUGAGUUAUUGAAGGUGGUUGGGACAAUAGAGAGUAUCGGCAAUUUCCUCAAUGUGAAACAACUAAAUUGAUGGAGCCAAGGGCUCGCCAUUUGAUUUACUUGUAUGCAAGAAUCAGCAAGUUUGAUUUCAAAGUUCAUCCAUCUUUCUUACUGGAUCCUGCUCUUAAUGAGUAAAGAGAAGUGUGUGAGAUAAUUUAUGUUGAUAAGAGCUUGUGGUAGCCAUCAGCCCAUCAUCCUCCAUGCACUUGCUCCAAUUCAGAGUAUUGUCCAAAUUCUUUGUAUGGCUAAUCCUUUGAGUGGCUGACCUGAAGUGCCAAUCCUUCGUAAUGAUUAACAAAGAUGAAGAAUGAAACGAAGAUGCAGAAGUGUUAGGUCUAUCUCA